AUGGCUGAAAGUUAGUUUUUAGUAAGAUAGUUAGGCAAGCAAUGGUUUAAGGAUUGUUUAAUUUUAAUAUGCUUAAAUAGAAUGAGAGACUGUUCACAAAGGGAAAAAUAAAAAAGCUAAAAAUCUUUCAAGAAGGAAACAAAAGAAUUAAAUUAAUAUUUGUAAGAAAAAUAUAAAAAAAAGUAAAAGCAAGAGCAAAUUAAAGAAAUGGGAGCUAACAAGACUCUUAAUAUGAAAAAGAGAUUCGGAAGAAAGAUCAAGUAAAACAGACCUCUUCCUAACUGGUACAGAUAUAAGUCUGACACCAACAUUAGAUACAACUCCAAGAGAAGAAACUGGAGAAGAACAAAACUAAAAAUCUACUGA